GGGCGAGUGGAGGAGGAGGCACCGUGGCCAGCGGCCCAGUACUGCGGAGUGAAGCCAGCGGGCCGGCGCCAGAGCCUAGCAGCCACCAGGGGCCGCAGGAAGCACCCCGGGGAGCGGCGGCGGCGCGGGAGCAGCACAGAACGGCAGCCAGUUCGGGCGGGCGUCAUCAUGGACAAGAAGUUGUUCACCAAGGAGCUGGACCAGUGGAUCAAGCAGCUGAACAAGCUCUCCAAGACCCAGGUCAAGAGCCUCUGCGAGAAAGCUAUAGAAAUCCUGACAAAGGAAUCCAACGUGCAAGAGGUUCGAUGUCCGGUCACUGUGUGUGGAGAUGUACAUGGGCAAUUUCAUGACCUCAUGGAACUCUUUAGAAUUGGUGGUAAAUCACCAGAUACAAAUUACUUGUUUAUGGGAGACUAUGUGGACAGAGGAUAUUACUCAGUUGAAACAGUUACACUGCUUGUAGUUCUUAAGGUUCGUUACUGUGAGCGUAUCACCAUACUCCAAGGGAAUCAUGAGAGCAGACAGAUCACACAGUUUUAUGGUUUCUAUGAUGAGUGUUUAAGGAAAUAUGGAAAUGCAAAUGUUUGGAAAUACUUCACAGACCUUUUUGACUACCUUCCUCUCACUGCCUUGGUGGAUGGGCAGAUCUUCUGUCUACAGGGCAGUCUGCCACCAUCCAUAGACACACUGGAUCACUUCCGAGCACUUGAUCGCUACAAUCAAGAAGUUCCUCAUGAGGGUCCAAUGUGUGACUUGUUGUGGUCAGAUCCAGACGACCGUGGCGACUGGGGGAUAUCUCCUCGAGGAGCUGGUUAUACCUUUGGCCAAGAUAUAUCUGAGACAUUUAAUCAUGCCAAUGGCCUCACGUUGGUGUCCAGAGCUCACCAGCUGGUAAUGGAGGGAUAUAACUGGUGCCAUGACCGGAAUGUAGUAACAAUUUUCAGUGCUCCAAACUAUUGCUAUCGUUGCGGUAACCAAGCUGCAAUCAUGGAACUUGACGACACUCUUAAGUAUUCUUUCUCGCAGUUUGAUCCAGCACCUCGUAGAGGGGAGCCAAAUGUCACUCGUCGUACCCCAGACUACUUCCUGUAAUGGAAAUUUAAACUUGUACAGUAUUGCCAUGAACCGUAUAUUGACCUAAUGGAAAUGGAAAGAGCAGCAGUAACUUCAAAGUGUCAGAAAAUAGUUAGCAUUCAAAAAACUUGUUUUUACACGGACCAAAAGAUGUGCCAUAUAAAAAUACAAAACCUCUUGUCAUCAACAGCCGUGACCACUUUAGAAUGAACCAGUUCAUUGCAUGCUGACGCGACAUUGUUGGUCAAGAAUCCAGUUUCUGGCAUAGUGCUAUUUGUAGUUACUUUUGCUUUCUUGAGAGACUGCAGAAAUAGGAUGUAAACAUUAACACCCGUGAGUCCAGUUGACUUCCACUUAGCUGUAGCUUACUCAGCAUGACUGUAGAUGAGGAUAGCAAACAAUCAUUGGAGCUUAAUGAACAUUUUUAAGUAAGUACCAAGGCCUCCCCUCUUGUUUUGUUUCUUUUCAGGGAUACCAUUUAAUUUAAUUAUAUGAUUUGUCUGCACUCGGUUUAUUCCCUUCUCCAAUCUCAGCCCCACGUUGUUCUUUGUUAUUGUCAGAAACCCUGUUGAGUUGUUUUGGAUAGAACUGUUUCCCCUCCUGUAAGAUGACGUCACUGCACAGUCACUGCAGUGUUUUCAUAAUAAACUUGAGAACGGAGA